CGCGCGUGCUCGCUAAUCCCCCGCCUUCCGGCUCCGGCGCGACGCGCGCUCGUUGCUGCCGCCGCCGCGCCACCAGUGUCGGCGUCCCUCGGGAGCCUCCAUUUGCUCUCGGUGCAGUCUGGCCGCCAAGCUGCCAGGCUGGGAGCGAUGCGUUCGGCCGGCGGACCCGCGUCCUCUGCGCCCAGCGGCCGCUCGCUGGCUGUCCGGCUGUGGCGGUGACACCGGGUUGCUGGCGUCCAGGCGGAACCCGGGCUCCGUCGCUGGAGGAAAAGCAGCCCGCCCUCCGCAGCUCGCCCGGCGGGGAGGCCCUCGCUCACACGGCUUCUCUCUGACCUCUUAAUUUGAGGAGGUUUCAGAGGCUCCAAGUACCUAUACAGUCGCACAGGAACUACUUCCUUUGGACCCUGGAGGAUCGGCUUGCACCAGGAUUAUUGUAACAUCCUCACCGUGCCUUCACCCUAGUCUCUACUCUGGGUCCUGAUUUCCACCAAUGAAGUUUUUUGGUGCUUUCUUUAAUCAUGUGCCACCACCUCUUGCCCACCUUUCUCCUUACCAGUAGCAUAAGCCAUUAGGUGUAAGUUUUUGUUGCGUUCGAGUACAGGGCUUCCUGCCUGUCCACUUUUACCUCCUUUGCACCUCACUUCUGUGCAGCUCACCUUAACUUGCUUAUUACCAUUUUCUUAAGCACUUCCCUGUGCAACCUGCACUAGUCCUUUGCGUAGAAGAGACAGCAUUACUCAGAGUUCACUUCCUGAAAAAAACAACAUAAGGAGUUAAGUUUUCUCAUAUUUUCCUGUAUGUCAGAUUUGCAAAUCUUUUCUUAAGUUCUCUGUUUCCCUGACCAUGUCCUAAAAUACUCAACCCAAGUCUUCCUGGCUUUAGAAACUUUAUCUGCACUGAUGACAGAAGCUGAAUAUGCUGUAGGACCGUUUUAGAGAUAUUAGCAGUGCAGUAUUGGUUCAAUGUCUAGCCUUUAAUAAGACUGCAAGUUUUAAAAACACUGUAUAAGGAGAAAAAAGAUAAGGUUAAUUGAUGCUAUUCCUUAUUAUAGGAAGUAUGUACAUUUUAAAAUCUGGGUGAAGAGACUUAGAUUUUGUCUGCAAAUUGGCCAUCACAUUAAGUCCUAGGGCACAGAGGAGCAAUCUUAAAUUCCAUUUUAUAGUCUCGCUAUUCAAAUCUUAAGUUGUUAAUUAUCUUCUAGUAAUCACCUGAAAUAUCAGACACUUAAAAUGUUGGGGAAACGUAAGCGUGUGGUAUUGACAAUUAAAGACAAACUUGACAUCAUUAAGAAACUUGAGGAAGGUAUCUCUUUCAAAAAACUUUCUGUGGUAUAUGGAAUUGGUGAGUCCACAGUUCGUGAUAUUAAAAAGAACAAAGAAAGGAUUAUAAACUAUGCAAACAGCUCAGAUCCCACAAGUGGUGUAUCCAAACGUAAAUCUAUGAAGUCAUCAACCUAUGAGGAACUUGAUAGAGUGAUGAUAGAGUGGUUUAACCAACAGAAGACAGAUGGGGUUCCAGUGUCUGGAACUAUUUGUGCAAAACAAGCAAAGUUUUUUUUUGAUGCUUUGGGGAUGGAAGGUGACUUUAAUGCGUCAUCUGGCUGGCUAACUCGAUUCAAACAGCGCCAUGGUAUCCCAAAGGCUGCUGGUAAAGGAACAAAACUAAAAGGAGAUGAAACUGCUGCCAGUGAAUUUUGUGGUAACUUUCAGGAAUAUGUAGAGAGAGAGAAUCUGCAACCAGAGCAGAUUUAUGGUGCUGAUCAAACUGGGUUGUUCUGGAAGUGUUUACCAUCAAGGACAUUAGUUCUUGACACUGAGCAAAAUACAUCUGAGUAUAGAUCAAGCAGAGAGAGAAUCAUUAUAAUGUGUUGUGCAAAUGCCACAGGUUUACACAAACUUAACCUUUGUGUUGUAGGGAAAGCAAAGAAACCCCGUGCAUUCAAAGGAACUGAUCUUUCAAACCUUCCUGUCUCUUAUUUCAGUCAAAAAGGUGCAUGGAUAGAGCAAUCUGUUUUCAGACAGUGGUUUGAUAAAUAUUUUGUGCCACAGGUACAGAAGCAUUUGAGAUCCAAAGGUCUUCUAGAAAAAGCAGUGCUUCUUUUAGAUUUCCCCCCAGUACAUCCAAAUGAAGAACUACUGAGUUCAGAUGAUGGCAGAAUAGUUGUGAAGUAUUUGCCACCAAAUGUCACAAGUCUGAUUCAACCAAUGAGCCAGGGAGUUUUAGCUGCAGUAAAAAGAUACUAUCGAGCAGGACUUCUCCAGAAAUACAUGGAUGAAGGAAUUGACCCAAAAAUGUUUUGGAAGAACUUGACCGUGUUGGAUGCCAUUUAUGAGGUAUCUAGGGCUUGGAACAUGAUAAAAGCAAGCACCAUAACCAAAGCAUGGAGAAAACUUUUCCCUGACAGUGAAGAAAAUUCAGUAAUGAACAUUGAUGAAAGAGCCAUUUUAGCAGCUAACUUAGCAACAGUUUUACAGAAUACAGAAGACUGUGAACAUGUUAACAUUGAGAAUAUUGAUCAGUGGUUUGACUCCCAGAGUAAUGACUCUAGCUGUCAGGUGCUGACAGACAAUGAAGGUGCUGAGGACCAUCCCAAGUCUGCUGAGCAGAAGCCCUCCAGUAAGACUGGAAAAGCAGAACUGAAUCCUGAGAAGCACAUUAGCCAUAAAGCUGCACUUGAAUGGACUGAAAAUUUGCUGAAUUAUCUAGAGCAACAAGACGACAUGCUUCUGUCUGAUAAAUUGGUGUUACGGAGGCUUCGGACCAUAAUAAGAAGAAAACAAAAGAUCCAAAACAACAAAAAUCAUUCAUAGUGCUCUUCGGUGUGUUUUUAUGUUUGUGACUGUAUCUGCAGUGGAACUUGCUUUCUUUGAAGUGCUGUGGAUUCUAAGGCCAAAUACAUUUUAUAAAUGAUUUUAGGAUUAGGUGAUUUUUGGAUUACCUAAAUCACAGCUCUUUAAUGUUGACUCUGGUAACUGAGCAUUAACAUGGAACUUGUCUGUCUACUGUUUUUAAUUUGUAUUAUACUAACUAGAUUAUAGGUACCUCAGGCCAGGGAUCUGUGUCUGUUUUGUGCCUGAAUUUCAGUGUGUAGUAAAAAUCCAUUGCACAUUAUAGGCACUCAAUAAAUUUUAUUAAGUUGAAUUUUUAUAACUUUCUCUGAAUUUCAAUUUCUAAAUUGAAAUAUGUGAGUGAUAAUUUUGCAUUUUUUGAUACUGAAAGUCUUAGAAGAGCUCAGCACAGGCUGUAAACUCUUAGAAGAGCUCAGCAAAGGUUGUGCUUUAGGAUUAAUUCUCUGUAGCUGCAGACAACUGAAGGACAAUACCCUAAAACCUUAAAUGUGGCUUUUUUUUUUUUUUUUUUAACUGUUUGGGCAGUUGGCAAUUUAGAUUGGCCAUCUCUGAGGGAAGUUUAAAAAAAGAGAAAGAGAAAAAGGAAAGAAAAAAAAGAAAAGAGAGAUAAGAUUAAAUAUCUUCAGGGAAAGGGUGUAGCUUUUAAUUUCAUUCCAUCUCACAGUAGGAAACCUUCCUUCAUAGUUGUGGAAUGAAGUGUUUUAGAGAAAUUUGCUUUCUUAAAUGAUUGCAAUUAGAAGAGAUGAGGAUUACAUUUUAUUUGUCAUUUUGUUUCUUUACAGAUUGUCAGUUUUUAAUAAGCUAUUUGACAUUUGUCAUUUCAAAGCAUACAAAGUAUGUCAGUGCUUUCCUAUAAUGCAUUCUUCAUAAUACUGAAAAUAUAUGCAUAUACAUAGUUUUUGGAACCAGCACAUGGUCAGUGGACUAAUAUCUGGAAGAAGAAAAAGGCACUGUAGAAGAUCAUAGGUGGCUGUGUGACCAUGGGCAAGAUACCUAACCUGUCAUCUGUAAAAUUGGAAUGAUGCCUGCUGGCCUCUGAGAGGGUUCAUGAGUUAAUAUAUGGCGUUUAAGGGCUUAGAACAGAGUACCACACCUUGAGUAUUAAUUACUGUUAC